AUGGAGGACACGUCCAAUACCCCCGGCAGUCAGAUGCGACAGCCCAAGAAGAGAUUCGUCGGUCGACGGACUGCCGAAGCCCAAGCGCAAAAGGACGCCUCAAGCCAGAAUGAUGUCGAAUCCACGGCAGUGCAGACAGCCGCCCCAAGGAGGGCUCCUCGGACACUAAAUCAAGUACCUCCGGAAAUCCUAAAUGACCCGGAGAUCCAAGCCGCCAUCGACCUCCUCCCCAAGAAUUACUCAUUCGAGAUCCCAAAGACAAUCCACCGAGUACGCUCUUCAGGAGCGAAGCGCGUUGCGUUGCAGUUCCCCGAGGGACUCUUGAUCUUUGCGACAACUAUCUCAGACAUUCUCACACAAUUCUGUCCCGGUAUCGAGACGUUAAUCAUGGGUGAUGUGACAUACGGUGCAUGCUGCAUUGACGACUACACGGCGCGAGCCCUGGGGUGUGAUCUUUUGGUCCACUAUGCACACAGCUGCCUGAUCCCCGUGGAUGUGACCAAGAUUAAGACACUAUAUAUCUUCGUCGACAUUAGCAUCGAUACCAGCCACCUCAUCGCCACCCUCGAACGCAACUUUAAGCCCGGCCAAACCAUCGCUACUGUCGGCACAAUCCAGUUCAACGCAACCCUACACGGACUUAAGGCGGUCUUGGAGCGCGCUGGCUUCCGAGUCGUGAUUCCUCAAAUCAUGCCGCUCUCCAAGGGUGAGAUUCUGGGUUGCACUUCGCCCCAACUGCCUGAAUCCGAGGUCGACGUUCUUCUCUAUCUGGGCGAUGGCCGUUUCCACCUUGAAUCCGCCAUGAUUCACAACCCGACGAUCCCCGCAUAUCGCUACGAUCCAUACUCACGUACCCUCACUCGUGAGUCAUACGAUCAUAAUGAAAUGCACACCAUCCGCCGAGAUGCGAUCGCUACUGCCAAAUCCGCUAAGAAAUGGGGAAUCAUCUUGGGGUCGCUUGGACGUCAAGGUAAUCCCAACACCAUGGCAAUGAUUGAACGCCACCUCGCGGAGCGAGGCAUUCCUGUCGUGAAUCUCUUGUUGAGUGAGAUCUUCCCCGGAAAGCUGGCUUCCAUGUCCGACGUCGAGUGCUGGGUGCAAAUUGCUUGCCCGCGGUUGAGUAUUGAUUGGGGCUAUGCCUUCUCUCGGCCAUUGCUGACGCCAUAUGAGGCGCUUAUUGCCCUCGGUGUUCGUGAGAACUGGGACAAAGCGAACAAUGGUAUUUACCCGAUGGACUUUUAUGCCAAGGAGGGACUGGGUCGGACGAAGCCUGAGCAGACCAUUCGUGCGGCUUGA